CAGCUUUUGGCAUAACAGGCAUUUAAGUGUUCAUGACUGAAUGUGUAAAGCCGUCUUUCCGGCCAGCUGAGGGUUGCAAGGGAUAGUAAAAAAAAGGAAGUUGUCUUUCCCCUGAGGCGUCCCUCGCGGCCAGCAUCGUGUCAGACGUACGAGCAAAUCUUAGUGGACACAUCGCUGAGCUAAACAAUGCAAGAUACAAUUACGGUUACCAGAACACAUACACAGAUAGCUGGAUAAAUUGUAGCUAGAUCAAUGCCAGAAUAGAUCCCUGUCAAGUUAGCUGCAGCGAAACAAAAGGAACAAAAGUGCGGUAGUUGGCUCCAUAAGGUAGUGAGGCGAGAUCAAUGGGUUUCUGGCACGGUGUGGGAAAACACGAGGUGUAUUUUCAACCAUCACCCACUCCCUGGUAUGAAAGGGAAUGAUUUACACAAACUUAGCCCAUGAAAUAAGCUCAUUCUAAAGUCUUUAUAGUAGCGGAGUAGUUUUGUAAUUACUUCGAGGGUACAAUAAGUUUUCCCUCCUGAACCUGUCACACGGAAUCAGUGCUUCUUGGGUCGUUCACGGGUGGAGAGUAACGGUGGACGGCCUGUUAUUCCUGUACAGGCGGCGAGGAUGGGGCUAAAAUAGUGCCUCAAGACAAUAACUACAACGUUUCAUGUGAGCUCUGCCUGCAUGAAGCUGGAGAAGUAGGAGAAAGCCGCCGUAGCCCCGAGAUAGCGGAAAGUGUGGACAGAAGAUGCUCCCGAUUGGGCCUCGAAGAUGGUUUGAGUGAAGGUGCUGCGGGGCGUGCUGGCUGGUGUCUCCCCGCAGGGUGAGCGCCCCGCCCCAGGGAGAGAGAGUGACAGUAACGAGGGGCCCCACACGGAAGGAAAAGUGUAACAAUGGGUGAGAGGAAGCUCAUUCACCAUCGGUGUCUAGCAGUGCAGCUGCUUAAGAAGGAGUCCCUAGUGUCCUCGCCUGUCAGCAGUGACAGCAGUAGUGGAGACACUGCCACUCCUGUCAAUGACCUUGCCACAACUGCCACAACUCCUGCCCUCCAGGAUGGCCUCCACCUCUUCAGGGUGUGGCAGGCAGCUAAUGUGGAGUGUGCCUGGGACAAGGAGUUGGUGGAGGCUGCCAAGGCUGUGCAGUACUUGGGCCACCUGGUGGGUGGCGUGGUGUUGGUGGGGGGACCCGCCAACGCGCUGGCCACCCUUUCCUUGGCAUGGUCCAGGUCACUGCUUGCCGCUCCCUCAGGCUAUUCACUAACCAUGCUAGGAGAGGUGCAGGGCUUGAGUGUGGCUGUGGUGCCUCAGGGACAGUUCACGCCCUUGGCUGACGCGCUCUGCUGGGUGGUGCACCACCUCACCCGUGAUGGCUGCAAAGCUGGGGCUGAGGCUGUGAGGGAGGCCCUGGAGGUGUCUUUCCCCACUAUGAUGCCUCCUGUUCCUUCCCAUGUGCAUGCCAUUCUCUCCAGCCUCAUCCAGCAGUGCAAAGUGUACUACACAGGCACCACCUAUGGCAUCGUUCAGCCAGGCACCUACCGCCCCUUCCUCGCCCCUCCAGCUGCUCCCCCUUCAGCUACCUCCCCUGUCAUGAUGAGGGAUGGCAUGAUGACCUCUGCUGCCCAGACUGACUUGGCAGAGCUCAUCACUGGGGCUGCUCAGUCCUCAGACAGAGUCAUCGCCCCCACACUGCCAGGUGGAGGGAGUGGCAUGAAGACAAAGGCUUCCUCAGACACAGAGCACAUAGAUCACCACCCAUUGUACACCAACCACCACCGUCACCACCACAACGCUGGCCGUGCUGCCUCCCUCCGGCUGUCCCCCGCCAGGGCCUCCAUCCUGGCCACCCACCUUGCUGCUGCUGCUGCUGCUGCUGCCACCACCACUGUCCACACCUACCAGGCACUAAACUUCUCUGACAUCAGUAUCAGAGGGGAGCGAGGGUCAAUGUUUAGCAAGCUGCUC